ACAAAUACACGAGGAAUCUUCAAAAUCUCGUGUUUUAAUUAAAUUUCUCAUAAAUUUAAGCCGAAAAUAAUUCAAAAAAUAUUAAAAUUUGAUUAAAAAAGUAAAAAUCUAUUGAAAUCAUGGCAAAACUGCUCGCGUAUCACACUCUACCGCAAAUUAGCGACACAUUUCUUGGCAUCGCGAAGGAUUCUCAAGACGACAGAGUUAUUUGCACCUACGGAAGGAAUUUAAUUUUCAUUAUUGAGUUAUCGACCCAAAAACAAGUAAAAAGUUGGAAACCUGAGGAAAAACUGCUCAAACGAGUCGUUUAUGACUCCGACACGGAACAGUACGUCGGAUUAUUUGGCGAACGCAAUAUCAAGUGUUGGACUGAAGACACCUCCAACAUCUCAAAAGUGAAACGUACAAAGCUCCUUCGACCUGUUCACGAGUUCGUUGUCCUCGACGACGGUCGUUUACUGAUCCUCUACGGCAGCUCGUACUGCGAAUCGUUAAAAUCCGCUUUGGAAACUGUCAAAGCAAAGAACGAAAUUGACGAACCAAAUCGCCCCGAGAUGACUUUACGUGAAGUUUCGCAAGCCAAAGUCAUCAACGGCCCCAAUGGAAAGUUAGUUUUUUCAUUUUUCACGAAAAAAACCGACGACGAUGAAGUUUUGUUGUCUUUUGUCGAGUUAGAUGACGAAAAAUUACGUCCUUUACGAGGAUACACGCGAAUUCGCGUCACCGCCGACGGGAUGGAAAAAUUAUCCGCUUGUACGUUCAUCGAAAGUAGUCAAGGCAUGGAGCUGGUGUCAGUUUGGAACGAUAGCUCGCUUUUUAUUCGUCAUUUGGACUUUAAUGUCGAUGCAGAAGCGCCAAAUUCCGUCGGAACGUUCGUCACAAAGUUAAGUGUAAUAAAUCCGAAUGAACGAAUGACCAUGAUUGCCUUGCGGAGCGAUUGUGUAGCGAUUUAUGCGGCAAAUUCAGCUCAAGAUGGGGCCUCGGUGCUACUUUUCAACACGCAAUUCAAGAUGGUGCAGUCCCGACAGUCGUUCAAAGUCUUUUUUCCACAAAGUCAGAUGUUUAUCGUGGAAAAUAAUUUAUUUUUGAUGGCGGGACAGAAUUUUGCGAUGAUCCCUUUUCGUUACACGAAGAAUAAAUUGUCAAGUUUGAUCGGCAGUCAACGAAAUUCAGAACUUUCGGUUGAAGAUUAUGAGCAGGGGACCUUAAAUGAGCACGGAGACUUCGAAACUGCCCUUUCCUAUAACCCAAAAGACACCGCAACGAGUCUUCAGACCGAAAACGGUGUCGUUUAUUACCCCAAAAACAAUAAAAAACGCAAUUUGAGGAAUCAAUUUGCCACAAGAACCUUCGAAGAUGCCGAAGAACUCGAUGAAAAGAUGAAUUUUCUCUAUCGGGACGACGUUGAAGUCGAAAUUGUCGAAAAUGAACUUCUUCCUGCGGGUCACGUUGCCGUUCGAGCUCUCCAAAAUGCCCGAGACUCCUCCCAAAUGCAUCUCCAGGUCGAAAUGUUGACUUCCCAACUCGAAAGUUGCGGCGCUGGCGAAAUGGAAAUCACGGAAAGGCUCCUCCCCUUGCUUCUCGAGGCACAGGCGACUUCCGAUAUCAUCAUUACUCUUCGGCGGUACCUUCAUGUCUCGGAGGAAAUGAUCACGCGUGUCCUCAAAUACGCCCUAAAACUGCCAGAAGACCUUGGAAAUUCAAAUUCCGUGGAUUUGUUGAACGUUGUGCUUUCCUGUAGUUUUCAUACGCCGACAAUUACGCCAUUUUUGCGUUCUGAACUGGAUUUGAGCGAAACUUUGAGCCUUUUGAAGCAUCUUUUGACACUUUAUCGCGCCCCAUUGGUGAAAUUGGAGGAAAGACCUGAUAACGGGACUUAUUACAACGACGACAAACAAAUCGUUGAAUGGGUAAAUGUCUUGAUUGAUUCGCAUUAUCAGCAAAUUUGCAUCUCGCAAGACGCGGAAAUCAUGGAAAUUGUGAAGGAAUGGAAAAAAGUCAUCAAAUCGAAUGUGGAAGCGAUGCGGGAAUUAAAUGCAUUGAGAGCGACUCUUCUGAAAUUCGCGGAAGGGCAGGAUUUGAACGUGAAUAAGCAGGCGUGCAGGUUUUACAGCGUUGAACGAAUUAAAAUCUAUUAAAGAAAAGUUAAUAAAAAAAUGUAAUAAAUCGUAAAAUGGGUCUUUUUGAGUUAAUUACGGUUACGUGC